AUGCACCCUUCCUCGUUCAUACCCACGCUCAUACUCUCCAUAUCUAUCGCGUCUAAUGUUUUUGCUCAAAGCGACAUAACCGACCCAACGAAACGCGCCGAAUUCGCUCUCUCAUCACUCCAGAUAUGGUACAAUGCAGGUACCGGUCUGUGGAGUACGACUGGGUGGUGGAAUGCCGCCAAUAUCCAGGCCAUGGUGGGGAACUUUGCGAAGGUCGACGACAACCCACAACUACAAAGCUUGUAUGAUUGCGGACAUCCGUUGAUAGAUUCCGCUAACUUGAACAGGGCCUCUCGCAUUUUCGCAAACACGCUUGUGCAAGCGCCACCACAAAACCCACAGCCAGGUGUAGAAGGAAACCACAAUAAGAAGAGAGAAAACAGCAACGACACAUUCGUAAUGUUCAAUUCGACAGUGAUGGGGACGGGAUACAACAAGCUUUUAGACAACGAAGACGAGCUCGUCACGGUGUACCCAGAGGACUGGAACAAGCCGACUGGCCAAUACGUCGAUGUAACACAGCUGCCUAUCUACAACAUCGCGGACAAAGCUCAAGUCGCAGCCGCCGAUGUGAACGACUGGCUUGAUGGCUUUUACGACGAUGACCUCUGGUGGGCGCUAGCUUGGAUCGCCGCCUACGAUGUUACGCAUGACAAGGAUUACCUCACUCUGGCUGAAAGCAUCUUUGCAGCCGUCGCAUCGACCUGGGGGACCAAUUGCGGCAACGGAGGUAUCUACUGGAGCUGGCAGAAAGAUUACGUUAAUGCGAUCGCGAACGAACUGUUUCUAUCGACUGCGGCGCAUCUUGCAAAUCGCGCGGAUGCCAAAGCGACUUAUGUUGCAUGGGCGAAGAAGGAGAUAGACUGGUUUACCGAUUCCGGUAUGAUUAAUGAGCGGGGAACUAUUAAUGACGGAUUAACGAGCGAUUGCAACAACAACAAUAGGACAACGUGGUCAUACAACCAGGGUGUUAUCCUCGGCGGCCUCGUCGAGCUGAACCGUGCCUCGCCUGAUAGUUCCUACCUCCCUCUUGCUGCCAAGAUAGCCAAAGCAGCUAUCUCUGAGCUUUCGGACGACAGUGGCAUUCUCCACGACAAGUGCGGACCCUACUGCGGCGCCGACGGCUCCCAGUUCAAAGGUGUCUUUGCCCGAAACCUGCAGAUGCUUCACGAUGUUGCUCCUGAUGACGUGUAUGUGCACUUCAUUCAAACAAAUGCGAACAGUGUCUGGGAGAACGACAGGGACGAGGGAAACAUGUUGAGUAUCGACUGGGCGGGACCGUUCGUUAAUCCUGCGAACGCGAGCACGCAUUCGAGCGCGAUGGAUGCACUCGUUGCUGCUAUCACGGUGAAAUAA